CUCUCAACUCUCGAUGGACUCCAUUUCCUGCUCUGCUUCACGUAUCACUCCCAGGUUCCGGUGCUUCGACCCUACGAACACUUAUCCUGCAACCGCCAAUCACCGGCGUUACUACUCCACCUUGCCUCUUUCUGGUUCCAGAAGUCCCAGAGCGGCCAACACCAACAUGGGCGAUUCAACGACUAUCACCGAGCCCAAAAUCGUCACCGGCGACUGUGGUUACGUUCUCGAAGACGUCCCUCACUUGUCUGAUUAUAUCCAUGACCUCCCUACACAUACGAAUCCAUUGCAAGACAAUCCUGCGUAUUCAGUUGUGAAGCAGUACUUCGUUAACGUUGAUGAUACGGUUGCCCAAAAGAUUGUUGUUCAAAAAGAUAGUCCGAGAGGAACCCAUUUUAGGCGAGCAGGGCCUCGUCAGAAGGUGUACUUUGAAUCUGAUGAAGUUCAUGCAUGCAUUGUAACAUGUGGUGGCCUCUGCCCUGGUCUAAACACAGUGAUUAGGGAAAUUGUUUGUGGAUUAUACCACAUGUAUGGUGUCACUAGAGUUCUUGGGAUUGAAGGAGGAUACAAAGGUUUUUAUGCUCGAAACACAGUUCCUUUGACACCGAGAGUUGUAAAUGACAUCCAUAAACGUGGUGGUACCAUCCUUGGAACGUCAAGAGGAGGAAAUGAUACCUCAAAGAUUGUUGAUAGCAUUCAAGAUCGAGGAAUUAAUCAGGUAUACAUCAUCGGUGGAGAUGGAACUCAGAAAGGAGCUUCUGUGAUAUUUGAGGAGAUCAAAAGCCGUGGCCUCAAAGUUGCAGUAGCUGGAAUUCCAAAGACAAUUGAUAAUGAUAUUCCGGCUAUAGACAAAUCUUUUGGUUUUGAUACUGCUGUUGAAGAGGCUCAACGAGCGAUUGCUGCAGCUCAUGUGGAAUCAGAAAGUGUUGAAAAUGGUAUUGGUCUUGUCAAGUUGAUGGGUCGGCACAGCGGGUUUAUAGCAAUGUACGCUACUCUCGCAAGCAGAGACGUGGACUGCUGUUUGAUCCCUGAGUCACCAUUUUAUCUUGAAGGAGCAGGUGGACUAUUGGAAUAUAUUGAAAAAAGACUAAAAGAAAAUGGGCACAUGGUUAUUGUAGUAGCUGAAGGUGCAGGACAGGAGUUUCUUUCUGAAAACAUCCGUACCAUCGACAAGCAAGAUGCUUCAGGGAACAAGCAGCUCCAAGAUAUUGGUUUUUGGAUAUCUCAGAAAAUAAAGGACCACUUCAGCAAGCAGCAAAAAAUGGCUAUGAAUCUCAAAUAUAUAGAUCCCACCUACAUGAUCCGUGCGAUACCAAGUAAUGCUUCUGACAACGUCUACUGCACACUCCUCGCUCACAGUGCCAUUCAUGGUGCAAUGGCUGGGUAUACAGGCUUCACUGUUGGUCCUGUUAAUGGAAGACAUGCUUACAUACCAUUCCAUCGUAUUACCCAAAAACAGAAUAAGGUAGUGAUCACGGACAGGAUGUGGGCAAGGUGCCUCUCAUCAACCAAUCAACCAAGCUUCUUUAGCCCACAACAGCUCUUGGAAAAGAAGACACAGGAAGAAGUAGAGGAGAAUCAUAUUGACCAUUGAGGACUUGGAAAUCAAGUGAAGAAAUUUAAUUGAGUAAUUGCGUGCGGCACCAGAGAAUUUUGGUUUGUGAUAUCUCCUUUCUUUUCUGGCUGCCUGUUGC